UUGCGUUCAACAAUAGUGAAUAGUGACACAGCUGCAGAACAGUUCAAAUAACUUGACAGUUUUUUGGAAAAUAAUAUAAAAGUUUUUACUUUUCCAACACCAAAUUCUCAACAAAAAAAUAACAGAAUGUCUCACAUGCAAUUCUUUGUCAUCUGCUGCUUCGCCAUUGUUCUGCUGGCUGUGUGUGUCCACAGCUCUCAGGCUGCCACGCAGGCACCUCUCUGCCAGCCAGGCAUUCUCGAGGAGAUGCCCCAACAUAUUAAAAAGGUUUGCAUGGCACUGGAGAACUCCGAUCAAUUAACCUCAGCCCUUAAGUCGUACAUCAACAAUGAAGCUUCCGCGCUGGUGGCUAACUCAGAUGAUUUGCUGAAGAACUACAACAAACGCACAGAUGUCGACCACGUCUUCCUACGUUUUGGCAAGCGUCGUUAAAUAACUACACCACGAUCCGGACAUUCUGCAAACUGCAAUUGAACUACGACUGGACUUUGGCUAACGAUCGGUAUUGCGUUUCUGUUUAAGGCACAACAAACAUGACGUCUUCUCACUAUAUACUUAAAAAAUGUAAUCUUGGCACAUCGGCGUUAUACUACAUGUGAAUUAUUCAACUUGGAAGCUCUCUAGUUCAAUAAUAAACAAAAUCAAUACCUUGUAAAAUAUUUAAUUAUCUCUUGAUAUUUAAAAAAUGUGUAUUCGAAAAUGUAUUAAACGACCCCCGAAAAGUCUUUUGUAAAUGUUGAUCUCUUUUAUUUGUAUCUUUUGUUUUGUUUUGGAGCAACUUUAGUAAUGCAAUGCAAAUAAAGAUUGUAAAACAUAAGCUAUACCUCAUUAUUAAUCGAUUAUAAUCAAGAAUCAAUAUAAUAUAUAUGUAUGUAAUUAACAUAAUUCCUUUAGGUGAGGUCCUUGCAAAAAUGAUAAAUUAAUAACAUUUUUCUCAAGCUUGAAACUAUUCUAUAAA